GCCGCUCCGACAAACAGAGACACUUCCACACACUGAACUCUGUGAUCCUCUGGACCUGUCAUGUCACCUCGGCGUUAUUUCAAGUUUCGUCUAAGGUGGCCUGGGUUCGUUUGUCAUUAUAACUGAGUUAACUCGGUCCUUUGAGCCCGGCAGAGAGCGCACCGGGUCCUGGACUCAUGCCCCACACUGACGUUAGAAUUAACGGAUAACUAACGUGAAGUUGCCCGGUUCGACGUGACUCCUGGACUGUUGGUGCGUUCAACUUCCCCGCAGUCAACUAUUGGGCUCCGUGGUUCCUCGGAGAAUCCCCGCAUCCCCGGCCGGCUCGUCCCGCAUGAACCGUGUCGAAGCAGCGACGAGGGGUCGGGGGCUCCGCCAGCACAGCCCGGCUUCAGGAUGAUGAUGCCCCGAGGAGGACGCCUGUUCCUGGCGACGUGCCUCGGCUCGCUCCUGGUUCUCGUGCUUUACUUCCAGAGCAUCACCAAGCCAGAACCUGGUGUGAAGACUGUCAGCGGACCAGGGAAAAGCAGGAGAGGUCCACUGCAGACCCUCUACAAUGGGGAGCAGCAGCUGGAGCUGUUGGCAGCUCAGAGGUCCCUCCAAGGCCGCAGGGAGCUGUUGGAGCAGGCGUGUCUGAGUAACAUGAGGAAACGGCGGGUACUCUCGCCCGAGGAUCUCAAACACCUCAUUGUGGAUGAUAAACACAGCCUUAUUUACUGCUACGUCCCCAAGGUAGCCUGCACAAAUUGGAAGCGUGUCCUCAUGGUCCUCACUAGUGACGGUCGCUACACUGACCCCCUCGCCAUCCCUGCCAAUGAGGCGCACGUCGCUGGUAACCUCCGCACGCUGUCUGAGUUCUCAGUCUCUGAGAUCAACCAACGCCUUCGCAGCUACCUCAAGUUCAUCUUCGUGCGAGAGCCCUUCGAACGCUUGGUGUCCGCCUACCGGAACAAGUUCACACGUCGCUACAACACGGCUUUCCACAAGCGCUAUGGAACCAAGAUCAUCCGCCGGCACCGGGCCAACCCAGAGGCAGAAGCACUGGAGAAAGGGAAUAAUGUGUCUUUCCAUGAGUUUGUCCAGUAUCUCGUGGACCCUCGAACCCAACGGGAGGAACCCUUGAACGAGCACUGGGAGCGGGUGCACUCGCUCUGCCACCCCUGUCUCAUCCACUAUGAUGUGGUGGGGAAGUACGAGACCCUGGAGCCCGAUGCUCAGGCUGUGCUCAGUUUGACUGGAGUGGAGGGAAUGCUUCAAUUUCCAACAUCUGGUAAGAGCACCAGGACUGAUGGCAACAUGGCUGCAAGCUUCUUUAAGCAAAUCAGUCCCUUCUACCAGAAGAAACUGUUCAACCUUUAUCGCAUGGACUUCCUGCUCUUCAACUACUCCACGCCAGAGUAUCUCAGGACUCGGUGAGUGACAGAGAACAAGUGAAGGAUGUCAGUGCUAAUGAUGGAUCGGGCGUGAUAGAUUUCCUUUCACAUCUCAUUCAUACUUUUUUACCUAAGAUGAUUUUUGCACUUUGCGGUCCAUCACAGACACAGACUUGUCACUACUACUCUCCAAGAGAAAACUGGCUGGCUGUCUAAAACUUGAUUUUUUACUUUUCUAUUUUCUGAUUUCACUGAACUUUGUAAGUGGAACCAAAUUUCUUCCUGGGAAUGAAAAAGACAAUUUGUGCUUUUAUCUACCAAGAAUAUGUCUAAUUUGCUGCCAAGGGUGUAAACUUCAUUGUUUUCAUUUUUAGCAAGGCAGAAUUCAGACAGUGUUCCCAAAAUCUGUUUGAAACUGCAGGUGACACAUUAACUUCCCUGGUCUUCACAAUCAGGCCCUUCCUGUCAGGGCUAUAGGUUCAGAUAGAAGCAGUAUUUAUUUUUUUGCCAUUUCUCGCCUAGAAGUAAUCGAGCAAACAUUUCUCUGACUUUAAUAUUUUAAAUAUCUGUUCCAUGUGGUUGUGGAUUUGGUGUAAUGUGCCCUUACCCUUGCAGCCGUGUCCGCUGCAGUAAAAAAACAUGUUUUCCCAUGGCUUGGUUUUCCAUAAAUUCAAGUCACACCUCAGAGGAGCAGGAUCUCCUCUCACAUGGGUUUACAGGUGAAUGUGCUGACACUGAACGCAGCAGAUCAAUUCAGAGCACCAAGCUUCAAUAACUCUGGAAGGCGUUUAUUUAUGUAUGUCAGAGCAUGAAGUAUUUAUUGUGGGAACGUGUGGAUUUGGGCUCCUGAUUUUUUGUGAAAAUGAAUUUAAAUGAAAUGAUGAGAAUUUAUUUUCCUGAGAGUAAAUAUUUGCUUACAUGGAAAGCUACUUGCUGUCUUGGCUUUUGCACAUAAAUUGAUGCCAAAUAGAAAUCUUUCAAGCAACUCUAAACGUAUUACAUGACAGUCUUAUUUUUCUGAUAACUACAUCCAGAGCUUGUGUCUUGAGUUCCACAGCACCUAUUGACACUAUCUUUAAAUUUCUAUCUUUGAUUCAUUUCCAGGGAAAUGCAGCCCCCGUUGAGUUUCAGUAAAAACUUGCUGCCAUCCUUCCUCUAUCGCUGUCUGUAUUUAGCUCUGGGCAGGUUGACUGAACAAACAUCUGCAUAGCUGUGGUCGGGGCCGGGUCCAGCCCAGCACAGCUCCUGCUCAGAGCUGCCCUUGUUAGGGUGAAGGCUCUGGCACAUGACGGGUUAAUCCCCACACAGUCAUGUCCAUGACUCUGAACAGCCCUGUUCAGCAAGUGAACUGACUUUAUGCUAAUAGCUAAUAGCUGAAUGGAGGAAUAUGUAUGUUAAUGACCUGCACUGCAGGAAUAUCAGUCUGAACGAACAGCUGCAUACAGUGUGAAUGUUUAAAGGGAAACUUCAACAAUUUUACACAUCAUGUGUGUUGAUAGUGGUGUGAUACCGGCUGUAAAGCCUAUUGUCACUCAAGGCCACGUCAGCCAAAGGCAGCAUAACGUUCCUGAAUCUCUGAUUAAACUGUCAAUGGUUGAGAUGCAUUGUGAGUAAUGCAGGUUUUAACAAGCAGGAAGAAUGUAUAGAAAAAAAAAGAUGAUAUCUCUUAUUCUGCUGCAUCGUGUUUCAGACUGAAAUGCAACAGGUUUACGUAAUUUCAUUUGAUGCAAUCAUAUCUGCUUGUGCAUGUGCAAAACCAAUAUCUUUUAGAAAACUAGUGCAGUUAGCUAAGCUACUUUGUUUUCUCUCGGUCAUUUUACUGGAAAAAAAGACAAUCAAAAAUAGUUGUUCACAGACAUAACGAGGACGAAGGUAAUGUUACAUUUUAUAAUGCUGUAAACUCCUAAAAAAGUGCCAAGGUUUCUUUUUUUGUAAUUUGCGACUUAGCACUUAUUUUGAGCGAAACAAAAGUGAAUUAAAAUCAGAUCAGUUGAAAAUGCAGAAACUGUUGUACAGGAGAGAAUGAUAUUCAACCUAAAAAAAAGAUUUCCAAUCUUAAAUGAGUGAUUACUAAAUAUCAACUUGAGUUAAAAAGAACUGUCUUAACAAAGAUAUUCUCCGGAAAUGCUUUUGAACUAAGUGAAAGCUUCAGUGUGUAAGAUUUAGCUGAAAGGGAUCUAUUGGCUGAAAUUGAAAAUAAAAUAAUCCUAAUGAUGUUUUUACGAGUGCUUGAUCAUCUAAAUUGUACGAAUUAUUGUUUUCAUUACUCUAGAAUGAGCCCUUUAUAUUUAAAUACGUUAUAUAUUUACAUUGGGAGCGGGUUCUCUGUAUAGAGGCCGCCAUGCAUGUUACAGUAGCCCAAACUGGACAAACUAAACACCUUUUGAGUUUUUUUUGACAACUGAAGUUUUCCACAGGUUCUCUUUCAUGUUCAGAAGGGGAGGGUGAGGGGUAUUCAGCAGCAACAUGCAACUUAUCCACUAGAUGUCUACACAUUGAGCCUUUAACUGAAGUUCAGGUAAAAUCCAGUAUGAAAGACUUGUCUCUUUUCCCCACAGUUACAACUAUAGUGCACAGUUUAUUCGAUUUGUUUUGUGCAAAUCAUCAGGAACUAAGGGAAACGCAAGAUACUGUUGCUGUAAAAAAAAUCAUACUUUUGCAGUAUGAUAUUAUCAUCAUGAUAUCAGUGUGAAUAGUUUUGCUACUGCAUGUGAAGACAAGUCGGAGCAGGUUGGCACAGGUCAACUCUGGAAACAUUUGAGUUUUUCUCCAUGUAUUCACCCCUUAAAGGUACAAUAUCUGAGUGUCAACACUUUAAAAAGUGAAUUAUUCUAUUAUUCAAGCCUUACAUUUCUGCUUAUGCCACAUCAUUUUAUUAUUAUUCAUGAUUGCCAUGGAUCACAGGGUUUUUCAUUUUUAAUGCUCCUCUUUGUUGCAGCGUGUGAUUUAAACCAUCAUCUACAGGAAGCUCAAGAUUUCCCAAAACCAAAUCACAACCUUAAUGUUUCUUCUUCUGACUAUGAUGAUAUGAUGCACAAAAUAUAUGUUUUACCUUUUAAUUUCCUUUUUCUUUCAUGUAAAAUACAGAUUACAAAUAACAGGUCAUUUUCUCUUUGAUUACACAUACUGUAUUUCCAUGUCAUUUCCAAGACGCUGCUGUGCACAAGCACAGCUAAGGCCCAUGUCUCCAGUCGUUUACUGUUGAACUGUCUCUUUUGUCAGACCAGUGACUCGGUGAGUCAUUGUUUAACACACCCAUUACUUGUGCCAUGAAACUGUGAAUGUGUUAACCGAAGUGCACUUGCUGAUGUGGUGAUUGAUUGGCUGGUUAACUUUGAAGUCUCAACUAAUACAAUCUCUGAACAGCA